AUGAUAACAGUGAUAAGCCAUGCCAGCGACCGCCCCCCCGCUCCGAAGUUCGGCUCAACAACCCCCGAGACCCCCGAGGCAACGCAACAUAGAGGAACAGCGACAAGAUCAGCAGCACUGCAUCCCCCAGAAAGAGAGACAGAGCCAAACUUCGUACCGGGAGCAAUGGACCCUGAAUCUAGUGCGUCUCCAAGACGGCUGUCGCUCAGCAGCAGACACGGCGUCGGCCGCGACAUUGCAAAGACCAUCUCGGCGUGAGUCUCCGAGUGCCUCUCUCUCUCUCUCUCUCUCUUCCUCGCGGAGAU